AUGGUGCCGCCGCCCAGGAAGGCCGCGUCGGAGCGUUUUGCUCCUGAUGGCGCCGGCGAUGGGAGAGAUGAGGAUUGGCACGGCGAUGGCAGAGGAUUGGCGCCGGAGAAAAUUGUUGUUCGGAGGUACAGAUUCGGCCGUCCCUGUUGCUGGAGAGACAGGGAGAUAAAAACACGUUUAGCACUUGCUGCUGCAUCUUCCCCUCUUGGUGUCAUUGCUGGAGCUCUGGCUGGUCAUGGUGUUGCAACCUUGAUUGCUGUCUUGGGAGGUUCUUUACUGGGAACAAUCCUAUCAGAGAAGGUCAUAGUAUACACUGGUGGGAUUCUUUUCCUUGUCUUCGCCGCCAUGACAUUGAUCGAGAUUGUGAGUUGA